CCUUUUCCUGCCUUUCCCCGUCUCCCGCGCUCCCAUCGAUCGAGCGCGCGCUUCAUGCCGCAUGCACCCACCGAUGAUGCUGCCGCCACCGCCGUCGCCGGGCGACGCCGAGCCGUCGGGGGCCCGCGACAUGGACGACGAGGACCUCGUGGAGGAGCUCCUCGCCACCGUCAACUCGGCCCGCGCCUUCGUCGACUUCCGCCGCACGCAGCGGAAGGAGUGCGCCAACCUCCUCCGCUGGCUGCAGCUCGUCCUCCCGCUCCUCGAGGAGCUCCGCGACGCCGCGCCGCCGCUCACCGAGGACGCGUACCACCGCCUCGCCCUGCUCGGCCGCGCGUUCUCCGCCGCGCGCCGCCUCCUCCGGUCGUGCCACGACGGCAGCAAGAUCUUCCUGGCGCUGGAGAGCGAGGCGGUGCUGGGGAGAUUUCGCAGCGUGUACGAGAGGAUGAACUCCGCGCUCGACGGAAUGCCAUACUCGGAGCUCGCCAUCUCCGAUGAAGUCAAGGAACAGGUGGAGCUGAUGAACGCUCAGCUGACGCGAUCCAAGAAGAGGACGGACACGCAGGACAUCGAGCUGUCCAUGGAUCUGAUGGUGAUCCUCGAGAACCGGGACGACGAGAGGAACGCGGACAGGGCGAUCCUGGAGAGGCUAGCCAAGAAGCUGGAGCUGCAGACGCUGGCGGAUCUCAGGGCGGAGACGAUGGCCAUCAAGAAGCUCAUCAGCGAGAGGAACGGGCAGAGCGGUGACAGCACCAAGCAGAUCAUCGAGCUGCUCAACAAGUUCAAGGAGGUCGCCGGCGUCGACGAGAAGAACGUCCUCGGCGAGGUCUCCAUGACGAAAUCCCUUGAGAAGUGCCCCUCUUUAAUGAUCCCAAACGAUUUCCUCUGCCCGAUCACGCUGGCCAUCAUGACGGAUCCGGUCAUCGUUGCGAGUGGCCAGACGUAUGAGAGGAGGAGCAUCCAGAAAUGGCUGGACAGCGGAGAGAGGACGUGUCCGAAGACGCGGCAGCAAUUGGCGCAUCUGUCGCUGGCGCCAAACUACGCGCUGAAGAAUCUGAUUCUGCAGUGGUGCGACAAGAACAAGGUGGAGCUGGAGAAGAGGGAGCCAGAGCCCGGCGCCGAGCUGGACGAGCAGCAGCGCGGCGCCGGCGAGGACAUUCCGUCAUUGGUGGAAGGCCUCUCCUCCAUCCACCCCGACGUGCAGCGGAAGUCGGUGAAGAGGAUCCGCAUGCUCUCCAAGGAGUGCCCGGAGAACCGGACGCUCAUCGCCGACAGCGGCGGCAUCCCGGCGCUGAUCGGCCUGCUCGCCUGCCCGGACAAGAAGUUGCAGGAGAACACGGUGACGUCGCUGCUGAACCUGUCCAUCGACGAGAGCAUCAAGCGCCACAUAACCAGGGGAGGAGCCAUCCCUCUCAUCAUCGAGAUCCUCUGGAACGGCAGCCCGGAGGCGCAGGAGAACUCCGCCGCCACGCUGUUCAGCCUGUCCAUGCUCGACGAGAACAAGCUGACGAUCGGGAGGCUGGGCGGCAUCGCGCCGCUCGUCGAGCUCCUCCGGAACGGCACCGUCCGGGGCAAGAAGGACGCCGCCACGGCCAUCUUCAACCUGGUCCUCAACCAGCAGAACAAGGGGAGGGCCGCGCAGGCCGGCAUCGUCCCGGCGCUGCUGAGGAUCAUCGACGACAGGGCGCUCAACAUGGUCGACGAGGCGCUCUCCAUCUCCGUGCUGCUGUCGUCCCACGCCGCCUGCUGCGCCGAGCUCGGGACGCCGCCGUUCAUGGAGAAGCUCGUGCGGCUCAUCAAGGACGGCACGCCCAAGAACAAGGAGUGCGCGCUGUCCGUGCUGCUGGAGCUGGGAACCAAGAACAAGCCGCUGCUGGUGCACGCGCUCAGGUUCGGACUCCAUGAGGACCUCUCAAAGAUCUCCAAGACCGGCACCAGUAGAGCGCAGAGGAAGGCCAAUUCGCUCAUUCAGCUGGCGCGCAAGUGCUAGUGAAGACGAGGACACCGUCUGUAAACUUGUAACUGUAACUCAUUUUGGACUCUAGAAACUCUGUCUGUGCCAUGUUCUAGCUCUGGGAACGGGGAAUUUGGUUGUGGAAUUGCCAAAAAAACAGGUCUGAUGUAUUUGUGCUGAUUUUGGUCAAACUAGUGGACAUUCUCACGUAAUUUUUCGCAGAGAUAGAGAUUUUAACAGUA